AUAAGCAAAAGUAUAUUAAAAAUACAAUAAAGGACUUGAUUCUUAAUUGAGGUUAAAAAGCGUGCUAUUUUUGGCAUUACAAGACAUGUCAACUUGUUGAUGGUCACCCUGUCAAACAUAUAAAACGGAAAAUAGAGAAAGCUCUUGUGCGCUGCUAGUUGGUGAUUGAGUUAAGGUGUACAUUUCGCUUGAUCCGCUGAAAUCCAGUAACCACGAGUGUCGCAUUAUAUGACGCGAUGUUUGAAAUUCUAUUUUGUCGCUGUCAACUUGAAGACAAUUAGAAUUUUAAAUUUUGUCCUUCGCCCUGUGGUGGUCUCUAGAAACAAUCUGCCUAAUUUGUUUGCAUAGGUGAAAGAAGUUAUUUUUGAGUUUAAUCGUGGAGAUCGAGUUUCUGUGACCUUCUCUGCGACAUGAAGUCUCUGGAGGCAGCGAUUCUUAUGGCCAGAUGGUUUGCAAGGAGUCAAUAAGCCUAGAAUUCCCCACGAAUCGCCGAAUAUCCAGAGAUGCAUGUUCAUUUCCUUCUCAUUCUUGCCGUGAUCAGCUUGAUGAAAAGAGCCUCUGCAAACUGUUCAAAAAAUAACACAGCAGGCGAAAACAGUCAAAUUGAGAUGAAUGCCCAGAAGGGCGAACUCGCAAGUCCUGGCUAUCCAGAAUUCUUCACUGACGAUAUUCAAUGCACGUGGUAUAUCUACGUGGCAAGAAAAUACUCUAUUGAACUGGAAUUUAUAUUCUUCGACUUUGGAAACUCGCAGCCAUGCUCUACGACGGAGGACGAAAGUUAUCUAGAAGUGCGUGACGGCGUGCACCGUGACAGUCAGCAGCUUGGAUUGUUUUGUGGUCACGCAAGACCUGAGAAGAUUUCUACUAUUGGAAGUCAAAUGCGGGUGAGCUUCAAAGCAAGUCGAUAUAGGUCAGUGAAGUUCAAAGCGACAUACAGAGCUGUGAGAGAUUCUCCACCAAUAGUACUUGUUAUUGCCGGUGUGUCUACCAUUGUUGGUUUAAUGAUGAUCUUGUUGUUAUUAACUCUUUACUUGAAAAGAAAGAGAAGAAAUUGUGACGAAGAAAACACUAAUGAAUGUCAAAACCAAGAAAAUGAACAGAACCGCCCUAGCGGUGCAUCGGCUACACAAGAGGAACACAUAGAUCUUCAGUUUUCUCCGGUGGUGGAAAGAACAAACACGCGCAAGCAAUCAUUUUCAGAGCAAGAGUUAGGGACUUCAUGCUACAAAAAUCAAAGGAAACAAUCGCAAUCGCACGGCACUUUAGCGCGGGAAAAUCUUGCGCCUGUUGUGGAGUAAAGAGUUCAUCCAACGAAUUGCGGGGAACUAGUGAACAAUAGAUAUUCAUCCCCACUGUCUCAGCCUGGGCAGCAAGAGGUGGUGAAGGGAAUCCUGAUGGCAGACGAAAGUUGAAAGAGAGCGAGAAUUAUGAACUGUGAGACCUAAAUAAUUUUACAUAAACGUUUCAACACUAACACGCUCGGUCACGAAUGAUCAAGACUACACGUGAUAAACAAGAAAAGUACAACAGCAGGUUCCUACGCGGAAUGAGAAAAUUCUUCGAUAAGAAUCCCAUCUUCAUUUCAAUCUUGCUGUCAGCCGAUUACUUCAUUGAUGUUGCUAAGCAACACAUUUGGUAAGCUAGAUAAGACUGAAAGUAGCGAGUAAGCGCACAGUAUUACAAGACUUACAAGAAUCGGGAUGGCUCAAGUGCUUCAUUUUGCAACGAAAAAUGGCAAAAGUGCAGAUGAAUAUUAUAAAUAUUACUAAAAGUAAGAACAACCGAUAGAUGAAAAAAAAAAAAACAUUAUAUGUUCGCGCCUGGUGUGGUGCAGUCACAAGGAGUGACAUUAUCUGUAGAGUAGCCUGGCUACACACUUCAAGUCAAGAUGGCAUGUCUUCUGUAAUUUUCUUUUAUUGAAAAAAAAAAACAAAAAAUGUCCUUACAUUUAACACCUUUUGAUUAAUUUGUUCUUUGAAUCCGUACUGUUCGAGUCUGUAAAUGAAAUCAUUCAGUCCGACCACUUGAUCGCCAUAAAUUGUACGGAUAGUAGGUCAUAUUCGUAUUCUCGGUAUUGAACUGGAACUAGCUUGCAAUGGAGGCUCAUGGGGCGGA